UCAGUGGUCUAUAAUCAGCCCCCAAGAGAUAGUUGAUAAGACAGGGUCGUGUUUUCUGGAACUUGGACCACAAGCUCGCAGGAUCACAGGAUGACAACUCGACUUAUAUUGCUACUGGCUUUGGCUACCCUGGCGUAUGCCGGCGUUCAGGACAAGAUCUCUGACCUCCGAGAGCAGAUCCGGCAAUUGCAAACGUCUGUGGAUGAGGAUCAUGCGUUCCUCGUGGAGUACAUGGAUCGUGUCGCCAGGCUCGAGCAAGUCUUCGAUGACAUGAAGGCAGAACGCGCUGAACUUCGUGAGAAGCGCCACGUCAUGAUGGCCCCGAUGAUGGGAGGCAAGAUGAUGGGCGGCAAGAUGGUUGGCGGCAAGAUGGUGGCGGCCCCCGUCUACAUGGGGCCUGACGUCGUCCACACCUCCGAGAUACCGGUGGGCCCACCAGGACCGAAUGGUCCUCCAGGCCAACCAGGUCGACCGGGACGUGAAGGUCCUCGCGGAAACAAUGGCGACAAGGGGGUGAAGGGUUCACAGGGAACCCGGGGUCCACCAGGUCCCUACGGAAACCCAGGCGUAGACGGCGCACCCGGACCUAUUGGACCAACAGGGAUCCCAGGUGAAGAUGGUUUCGCUGGCUUCCCCGGAACCCGGGGAGACUGGGGCGAUGAGGGACUGCAGGGCGUGGAUGGAGUCGACGGCCGCGUUGGACAAAAGGGAGUAAUGGGACACAUGGGUUUCAUGGGAGCCUUCGGAUGGCAAGGCCCCAAGGGACAUCGUGGAUCGAUGGGAGAUCCGGGGCGGCCGGGGCUGAGGGGAGUCGAGGGCGCCAUCGGAGUUCGCGGACCACCAGGACGUGCAGGACCCAAGGGAUACCAGGGCGAAGUUGGCGCUUCUGGAGGUCAUGGUAAUCCUGGAUCCAAAGGUAGCAACGGGGACCAGGGCCCUACGGGUGAAAAUGGAGCGCGUGGAUUUCCAGGACCUGCUUAUCCAGUAUUUUACGCUGGCGCUCUGGGAGGCUACCCAAAGAAUCCCGCGGCUCCCCGUUAUGUUUACGCCCCGCAGACCGGGCAGUCGAAAAUGGGGGCACCGGUGAAGUACGGCCCUGUGUAUGCGGCAGCGUCCCACUCGACUAAGUACCAGGCCCAGGCUGCCUUGCUCAGGGACCCGAGGGAGCGGAAGGGCUAAACUUAGAUUGUGUGAUAUCGAAUUGGCAAAGUAAUUGAUAUCUUUUAUAUUCAAUAUUUAGUCAAGUACUGCUCAUAAAAAUCUACACUACGAACCGAUGUCUUUCAAGCAGUUGCUAUUUCCUACACUGUGUAUAUGCAUCUCCGUGCAUUUGUUCAAAAAGUGUAUUAUAAAGAAUCAGUUAAAUGCAAAUGGCAUGCAAUAUUUAACAUUCAUAAUACUUAGAUGCGACAUGUAUGAUAUGAAAUUAUUAUAUCAAUGGAAAUGCUAUUCAUCUAAUUGAGAAUCCUAAUUUUACAAUGUAUCACACAUCGAGUGCAUGUUUUAAGAUCAUUAAUAAAAAAACAACAACA